GUGUUUGUUUAGUUUUACAGCCCCGGAUCGACUUACAAAGUAACUUACUAUGUAGCGAUAUAACGUGCUAAUGUGUUUAUUAAACUCGCGGAGUUGCAUUUUAAUUAAUAAUGUUCGCAAUAAUGGGCAAUGCGCGGACGUCGGUUGUAGCCGCGCUCUCUGUAUCGUGUGUGUAUUUAGUUUAUGUUCAUAUCUACUGCUCUUAUAAGCUGUUGAAAGCAAACGUACUGAACGAGAGACUCCCGAGUUUUGUCUUCCUUUACAUCAAAUAUGUGACCAGAGCUCUGACUCGCAGGACAGGCUACUUGCACACAGCGACGACGCGGGAGCGAGACGUUGUUUACACGGCCCUCAACUGCAGUGUAUUUGUCUUCCAAAGGCUGGACACUCCCCUGUUGCGGAGGUUCUGCAGUGCUGCAGGUUAUGGUUGGGAUUAUCCAGACACGGAAUACAGAGACAUCCCGAUGUGCUUCCCGGAGACUCUCUGCCGCAGACUGCUGCUCAUGGUGCUGACUGAUGCACACUUCAGACUCAGCCCGGCAGGUCUGUUUCGUGUGCGUCAGAGUUUGAAAACCCUCCAGCCAGUUGAUGAACUGAAGAAGGGUCCGUUCGUGCUGCAGGUCCGAGUUCAGGAGUACCGGCAAAGUGAUGCAGGGGUGGAGGUCGACAUCUCUCUGUCUGCCACUUCUCGCACCGGAUGCCCGGUGUGGGAGAGCAUCCUGACACUGCUGUCCAAAAACACAGAGCGCUUAUACAAGAAUGCACAUGAAUGCCAACCAGAUGAGCCUGCGCCAGAAAAUGUGAAGCAGAUAGAGGUCAAAGUUCCCGGGACUACCGGACUGCAGUGUGUUUGGUUCUUCUCUGGCUACUCACCCUCUCGGCUCCUCUCUCUGGCAGCCAGGCUCUUUGGAUCCAGAUCGCAGAAAGCACCGAGUCUCUGGAUGCUGUCGACCUGCCUGGCUGAAAUAGAAAAGCACAAAGGGGUUGGCGUUAUCACUGCUCCCGUCAACGUCACUGUCCAAUUCAAGGAGCCUCUUUUGGUACCAGGCAGAGUGACCAUCAAGUUAUGGGAGAAAAACGGGGACCAGUCUGGUACCCAAGACCUCAUCUUCCACAUGCAGCAACAUGGGAGCAACACAUCUCACAUGAUGGGAGUGAUUUCUAGAUGAUUUACUCACUUAUACGGUUCAUAUUUGUAGUAAGGUCAAAACACAAUAAAUAUGAUUUUCUUUC